AUGGUUAAAUAUGCUAAACAAAUAAGGAAUCCAGGAAAAUGCGCAAAAGCAGCAGCUGUGGAUUUAAGAGUGCACUUCAAAAACACUUAUGAAACAGCAAGAGCAAUAAGAAGAAUGAACUUAUUAGAAGCUAAGAAAUAUUUAAAUGCUGUUAUUGAUAAAAAACGAUGUAUACCAUUCCGUAGAUAUAAUGGUGGUGUUGGAAGAACUAACCAAGCAAAAGAAUUUAACCAUACCCAAGGUAGAUGGCCAGUAAAGUCAUGCAAAUUUCUUUUAAAUGUUCUUGAUAAUGUUCAAGCAAAUGCAGAGUCAAAAAAUUUGGAUAUAGGAAAAUUAAAGAUAAUACAUAUAAUGGUUAAUAGAGCAAGACCAGGAAGAAGAAGAACAUUUAAAGCUCACGGAAGAAUCAACCCAUUUAUGUCCUCCCCAUGUCAUAUUCAAGUAAUUGCAAGAGAAAUCACAAAACCCGCUAAAAAAUCUCUUUUAACAAAUAAGGAAAAACAAAAACAAUUACCUUUCAGAAUUACUUUAAAAAAAUUAGUAAAGUUAAAUUUAUCUCAGCAAAGAAUUAAUAAAGCUAAAAAACUAGCCAAAUAA